AUGCCAGCAAGCGAAAGUAAAUAUAUUAGAGAAGUGUGGUCUGAAAAUCUGGAGGAGGAGAUGUCUACUCUUCGGGACCUUGUAGAACGAUAUCCCUACCUCGCGAUGGAUACUGAAUUUCCUGGUGUAGUAGCAAGACCAAUUGGCAACUUUCGAACGAGUUCAAACUACCACUAUCAGACAGUACGUUGUAACGUGGAUUUGUUAAAGAUUAUUCAGCUCGGAAUAACCCUAGCAGAUGAACGUGGCAACUACCCGCAAGAUGUCUGCACAUGGCAGUUUAAUUUCAGGUUCAACCUUGCAGACGAUAUGUAUGCGCAGGAUUCUAUCGAUUUGUUACUGAAAUCUGGUAUCGACUUUAAGAAACAUGAAGAUUACGGAAUAAAUCAUGAACAUUUUGCGGAAUUGUUGAUUAGUUCGGGGUUGGUGUUAAUGGAUGAUGUUAAAUGGAUAUCUUUUCACAGUGGAUAUGAUUUCGGUUAUCUGUUGAAGGUUGUCACAUGUUGUCCUAUGCCGGCAGAAGAAACGGAUUUUUUUGAGCUUUUGCGGAUAUAUUUCCCGUGUAUAUACGACAUAAAAUAUUGUAUUACAAGCCUAAAAAAUCUCAAAUGUGGUCUGCAAGAAAUCGCUAACGAUCUGGAGGCAAGUUGGAUUAUAUGCAUACUACUCAUAAGUGUUUCUCGAAUUGGCCCUCAGCAUCAGGCUGGGAGUGACAGUCUGUUGACUGCAACAACCUUUUUCAAGAUGCGCCAAGUGUAUUUUAAUGACAAAAUGGAUGAUUCAAAAUACCUUGGUUAUCUCUACGGUCUUGGAGCUGGUCUAAAUCCUUCCGGAGUCGCAAGUAACACACCAGUUUUGGGCACUAAUACCCUAGUUAACAGCACUAUAGUAUAUAGCACUAGCUCAAUUGCCAACAGUGACACUUCUUCCUCUGACAGCAAUCAUUCGGCGUCCACUCCGCCAACAAAGGCCAUUACGACAAACCCGCUUCUCGUCAACGGGAAAUUAAUCUCAUUACGAGAAACCAACACUGUUAGUAUUAGUAAUUCUAUUACGACCACAACGACUACAAUUAAUACAUUGACAACCACAAACACUAAUGGUACUGCAACAGUAAUAAACACAUAA